UGAAUUAUGAGUGAUGCUUUAUCCUCAAGGUUUGCAGGGCAAUACAAUGAUAAUAGCCAACCCUAAAAAAGGAUCGAUUCUGGUGGUGUAGAGGUUUCAGACACGGUUCAAAUGAUUUGGCUGAUCCACGGCAGCAGCAGAACCCCUCCUGCCAAGAAGCCAUCCAUGCGCAACAUCAUACAAUACUACAACCCAUUGUGUAUGAGGCUACCGAGUCUAUGACUUAUGGUAGUAUAAUUAUACUUCAUACUCAUAGAUACUAUCAACAAGCUGAUUACAUGCAUAUCGACUUGUCGGAUCACCACCAUUUAACUACUGGUCAGACCCCAAGAAUAGCUGAGCUGCCAAGAUUCAAAGUCGACCACCAGCAGGAAACCUGCAAGCUGACUGGUCUGUGCGAAAGGAAGAUUUGUAGUAGCGACAAGACCUCGGCGUAUGUGUAUCGUGUACAGUAUUAUGAUUGUAUAGUGAGGCCGAUCCGCCGCAGCAAAAAUCUUUGGUGGGGAAAUAAUUAUUAUUGUUCAAACUCACUCACUCCGACCCAAACCAAACCAACCCAGACGGAGUCAGCCACGAUCUUCUGUUUGGUUUUCUUGCUUGCGCCAUCAGACUAUCCUCUUCUUCUCCUUUCUCCUUCUCCUUUCUCCUACUCCUCUUCCUUCUCUUCUACUCUCAUAACCUCCUCCUCAUCAUCAUCAUCCGUCAGCAUCACCACCUUCGACUUCCUCCCGCACUCUUCCUCGACCGCCCCCUCGUCCUCCGCUAUCGCAAUUGCCCAAGCCCACCCGCCUCGAACGAGUGUGUGCUUUUUCCCGCGCGACCCUCCGCUGGUUCCCAACAAACUGGGAACGCGCUAGAGUUCUGGCCAGCUCGUCGAGGUCUUCUUAAUCCACCCCUCGCAGACCCUGUAUGGACUGCGGGAGUACUGGCACCGCUGCGGGCAUCGACCCCAAAAUCCUCGAUAAUUGG